AUGGAUAACAACGAUGAGAUUAUUCUGGCGGAGAUGAGGCCGAAGAAGCGUGCGGGACGAAGAAUUUUCAAGGAGACACGUCACCCAGUUUACAGAGGAAUACGGCGGAGGAACGGCGACAAAUGGGUCUGCGAAGUCCGAGAGCCGACGCACCAGCGCCGCAUUUGGCUCGGUACUUACCCGACGGCGGAGAUGGCAGCGCGUGCACACGACGUGGCAGCGUUUGCGCUGCGCGGGAGAUCCGCGUGUUUGAAUUUCGCCGACUCCGCUUGGCGGCUUCCAGCGCCGGAGUCAACCGAUCCGGAUGUCAUAAGGCGAGCCGCGGCUGAAGCGGCGGAGAUGUUCAGGCCGACGGAGUUUGGGAAUGGAAUUACGGUUUUGCCCUCUUACGCCGAUGAGGUGGAUUUGGGCUCUGGUUCUGGUUCGGGAUCAGAGGAGAGGAAUUUGUAUGGAUAUGUGGAAGAAGAAGAAGUCUCGACGACGAUGAUGAGACUCGCGACGGAGCCGUUAAUGUCGCCGCCGCGAUCGUAUACGGACCUGACUUCGAAUGUUUACAUGGAAGAAGAGAUGUCUUAUGAAGAUAUGUCACUCUGGAGUUACAGUUAUUAA